CAGUUAUCUAAUAAUCUUACCAUUUCAGAGUAAUCAUCUUCAUAUUAUAUCAUAAAUUAUACAAUCUUCUCUUAUAAGAUACUUUCAAUUUCUGGUUUUAUUUUAGCGUGCAUACCAAGUGUUUGAUAAUUUGCUUGAGAGAAAGAAAAGGAAAAAAACAGAGAUGACAGGGGCGCCGGUAUGUAUAGAAUGUGGGACGAGGGAUAAUCCAUGUAGGUGCAAAUUUGUGGGUCCGACACUAGGCUUCUUGGCGUUUGUUGUGACGGCGAUUAUUGAGUGGCCGGUAGGAGCGGUGGUUUACAUUUUUAAUCAUUCCAAAGGUCGUAGAAUCAUGGGUCAUCCUGUUUCUGUUGUUUAUCCUAAAGUUUCUAAUGCUAUUCCUAUUUGAUCACAACUAAACUACUUGUAACUGUAUUCAUGUUUCGAUGGAGAGGGAGUCUUGUCGGUUAUGUGAUGUAAACGGGAUUUGAUCUCGGGUUUGUGAAGGACUCUACUCUUCUUCUACUUUGUUGCAACGUCGGUUAAAAAAUGUGUACCUGUGUGGUGCUUAAUUGCUUAUCCUUUGUUGGGAUUUUUUUAGGAUUUUUUGGAUUUUUUCUCAAGUUGUAAUCGUGUUACAUCUAUGAAUGUUUGACUAUUGAUUAAGCGUGUAAAUGUGGGUGACAAAUGACAAUGAAAUGUAAUUUAAGGAGUGGAUGUUUUGUUUGUCCUCAUCUUUAUGAAUUA